CUCUUCCACACGUCACUGGCGUGACCGUCCGCGCUACAUACUGCGCCUGCGCAAGGGCUGUGGCCCUUUUCCCACCCCCUAGCGCCGCUGGGCCUGCAGGUCUCUGUCGAGCCGCGGACGCCAGUCUCUGUUCCGCAGGAUGGGGUUUGUUAAAGUUGUUAAGAAUAAGGCCUACUUUAAGAGAUACCAAGUGAAAUUUAGAAGACGACGAGAGGGUAAAACUGAUUAUUAUGCUCGGAAACGCUUGGUGAUACAAGAUAAAAAUAAAUACAACACACCCAAAUACAGGAUGAUAGUUCGUGUAACAAACAGAGAUAUCAUUUGUCAGAUUGCUUAUGCCCGUAUAGAGGGGGAUAUGAUAGUCUGCGCAGCGUAUGCACACGAACUGCCAAAAUAUGGUGUGAAGGUUGGCCUGACAAAUUAUGCUGCAGCAUAUUGUACUGGCCUGCUGCUGGCCCGCAGGCUUCUCAAUAGGUUUGGCAUGGACAAGAUCUAUGAAGGCCAAGUGGAGGUGACUGGUGAUGAAUACAAUGUGGAAAGCAUUGAUGGUCAGCCAGGUGCCUUCACCUGCUAUUUGGAUGCGGGCCUUGCCAGAACUACCACUGGCAAUAAAGUUUUUGGUGCCCUGAAGGGAGCUGUGGAUGGAGGCUUGUCUAUCCCUCACAGUACCAAACGAUUCCCUGGUUAUGAUUCUGAAAGCAAGGAAUUUAAUGCAGAAGUACAUCGGAAGCACAUCAUGGGCCAGAAUGUUGCAGAUUACAUGCGCUACUUAAUGGAAGAAGAUGAAGAUGCUUACAAGAAACAGUUCUCUCAAUACAUAAAGAACAGCGUAACUCCAGACAUGAUGGAGGAGAUGUAUAAGAAAGCUCAUGCUGCUAUACGAGAGAAUCCAGUCUAUGAAAAGAAGCCCAAGAAAGAAGUUAAAAAGAAGAGGUGGAACCGUCCCAAAAUGUCCCUUGCUCAGAAGAAGGAUCGGGUAGCUCAAAAGAAGGCAAGCUUCCUCAGAGCUCAGGAGCGGGCUGCUGAGAGCUAAACCCAACAAUUUUCUAUGAUUUUUUCAGAUAUAGAUAAUAAACUUAUGAACAGCAA